AUGGAACCUCGCUAUUCAGAGGCUCAUGGGACUUCCAAAGCAGCAAGCAUGUCAGUGACUGAUUUGACUGAACGGCUAGCCCAAACUGAACAGCUGGCUGUGCAGCUCAAGGAACUCGUCAAGGAAAAGGAUAAUAAACUAUGCAGUACUGAGCAACAAUUAAAGGAAGAAAAAGAAGCUUUUGAGGCCAAGAUUUCCAAAUUAAAGCUGCAAAACAAAGCCAAAGUAACAUCGUUAAAUUCACAAUUAGAGGAACUUAAGAAGCAAUUAUCAGGAGCUGGAACACAAGAAGGAAAACCUGAACAAAAAAGAGGCUGCAGAGAAGGUGAUCAGGAUAAUGCUGCUGCAAGUCGUGGAAAAAUAUUGGUACUUAAAAAGAAAGUUGAAGAAUUAGAAAUCCAGAAUGCUCAAAAAAAUGAAGAACUCCAGAAAAAGAUUGCUGAAUUGGGUGCUGCACGUCAUCGCGGGGCUGAAAUGGAUGCCAUGCUUGCUGAGAAGCAAAAGAAAUUAGCUGAAAAAGAAGCCUAUAUAAUUGAUUUACAGUUAUCUUGUGGAUCAAGUAAUUAUGCCAAAGAAGUACUCAUCCAUAACAGUGAAUUAAAGAAUCAACUUUCCACAAAGGAGGCCUCAUUACAGAGUAUGGAAAUUCUAGUUCAGAACCUUACCAAGAAAAUUGGAGACAGUGAAGAAAGAUGUAGCCUCCUCCAAGAACAGAAUGAAAAUCUGAAAAUUCUUCAAAACAAAGACAAAGAGCACUUCCAGGAAAGAGAAGCCAUGUAUACUCAAAAUAUCCGUAUGUUUCAAAAUAUUAUCCAGGAAAAAGAAAAAGAGCUGAUUGGACUGGCGCAGAAACAUGAACAGGAACUCUUUAAAUUGGCUGCCAAAUCUGAUGCGAGCGCUGAUUUAGAACAGUUACUGAAGGCCUUGAAACAGAAGCUGCAUGAGAAAGAGGAAGUCAUGUUAGGAAGGACACAAGUGAUAGUCAUGCUGCAACAAGAACUAGAUAUAAAGGACCAGCAGCUAAAAGAAGUUAAUGAAACCUUGAUACAUCUUCAGUCAGAGAAAGAUAACCUCCAGUCCAAAUUAGAUGCUGAAAAGCAUGUCAUGCGAGCCCAGCUGAAAGACAUGAUGGAGAAACAUGAGGUAGAAAUGAAAAAAGUCAAAGAGAAACAUAAUGCUGACUUGCAGGCAAUCCAAGAGAAGCAUGAAACUGAGCUGCAAGAAAAAGACCAAGCCCUCCUUCAGCUUCAGAAACAAGCAGCCAAAUUAAGUACCAAUGGACAAAGUAAUUUGGAACAAACUAGUGAUACAGAUUCUCUAAUUAAGCAGAAGCUGGAACAACUAGAAGCUGAAGCAAGACUGAAAUCAGAAGAAGCCAACAAAUCUGAAGCUAAGUUUCUUAAGCUGAAAGCUUGGUCCAAAUCCAGAAUCAAGCAGCUUGAAGAUGAACUGAAAAAUGUUACUUCAAAGAGUAAUGAUGUGACUGCUUUAUACAACCAAAUUUCACAAUUAGAAAAGGAAAAGGAAGACCUACAAUCUACACUACAAGCAUUUUCUGAACUUAAAACUCAAAAUGAAGAAUUGCUGACUAAGCUGGAAGUUUAUGAAGAACAGCAGCGAAAAUUGCAAGCUGACCUUGAACAAGUUACAAAGAGAGCAGCUUCACAGGCUAGUGAAUCAGGCAGUGUGGAUGAACUACAGAGUCAGCUUUUGGAAUGGCAAGAGAUUGUUCCUGAGUCUGAGGACAUGCACAAUCAAAUCAGAGAAGAGAAAUCUGCUAUGGCUCUAAGAAUGGCACAAAUUGAAGAGGAAAGAGAAGCCUGUGGCACAAAACUGAUUGAGGAUGACUGGUUCUUUCCUGGCUGCUCUGAUCCAGCCAUAGUCUCAGGGCAGCAGGAGCUGGAGGAGGAACUGGCUACAGGUCAAGGGAUUGGCAGGAUGCAUCCAGAGAGAAGAAAGAGUACUCAGCCCAGCAGGAAACCUCAGGAAGAUUAUGGCCUCGAUGGAAAACAGUGCUAUGAAGAACUGAAUAUCACCUUGGAUAGUACUGAUUCAACUGAAGGAGAGAAUAUGGGAGGUUGGUGGCCAGAGUACACUUCCCCUAGUGCAGGUUUACGGACAGUAGUUGAAGAGUUGGAAUUGGAAAGAAAUCAGUUGCAAGAACAAAUUCUAUUCUUGGAAGAACGUUGUCGGGGCUUGGAAGAUAGAUUACAGCUCCAAGGCAGAAUGGAAGCUCUACAGAAUGAAAAUGACCGUUUACAAUCCCAACUUACGCAGCUGCGUAAUCAGCAAGCACGUGAUGCAGAAAAACACCAAGUUCUUAUUUCCAAUUUGAAUGAACAACUUAAAGGGUUAAAUGAAAAGAACGGUUUACUUGAAACUUUGCUUGGGGAGAAGGAGCAGAAACUUUUGAUUGCAGCAGAAAAGGUUGAACAAGUAGAAGGCUUGAGAAAUUCACUUCAAGAGAGAGAAAAUCUAAACAAGGAACUAAGUGAAAAGCUUUUGCAGAUGGAACAAAAGCUGGAAAAUGCCUUGAAGAAAUGCAGUACUUACGAAGUAGAAUGCACUGAACAGAAAGUGGUUAUCAAUGACCUAACAGAGAAAAUGGCUGCCUUGAAAGAAAAGACCUCGAAGCAGGAUGCUGCCAUGGAAGCAAUACAGCUAGAUCUUGAACAGACAAAUGAAGAACUUGACAGAUUGAAUACAAGCCAUUUAGAUGAAAGAUCUCAACUAAUUCAAGAUCUCCAGAGACGUGAAAGAGAAAUUGACAACCUAAAAGAAGUUUUGCUGGAGAAAGACAAAGAAAUUUCUGCUCUUUCUUCCAGUAUGACUGAAUAUUCUGAACAGAUUAAUAUUCUGAAAUGCCAGAUUCAGUGCAAAGAGGAUGAAAUACAAGAGAUGGAAGAAGCACGAACCAAGGCUGAAAGGGAAGCACAGUUGUUGAAAGAUGUACAAAACACAGACAUGAAACAUGCAAGCACAAAAAUUUCAGCACUUUCUGAACAGUUUAAUACGAUAGAAUCAGAGUUGACAAAGGUGAAAGUUGAGAACAUGGCUAAAACCAAAGAAAACGAAGAGCUUCUUAGGCAAAUCCAAGAGACCAGUAAAACAAUUAAAAAUCUUCAUUCUGAUAUCAAGACUCGAGAUGUAACAUAUAACACCAAGCUCAUGGAGUGUGAGUCGCAAAUUAAAUUGCUUAAAGAACAAAUAAGUAAAUCAUCUGAAAAGUUGCAGGAAGCUGAGAGAAAAUGUAGAGAGGAAGCAGAUUAUCUCAGAUCCCAACUUGAUGAACAUAUUUCUGCAAAGGAGAAACUGCAGAGUUUGCUGAAAGAGAGAGAGAACAAAGAGCAAAGUUUUUUGAAUGAACUGAAAUCUGUGAAGGAUUUAUAUAAUCAACUAAUUUUAGAAAAUGCUAAGAAAGAUGAAGACUUGACUAAUUUAUCCAGACAGCUUUCCGAACAUGCCAAGCAUCUAGAAAUCACCAAGAAGUCUUUACUAGAAAAAUCAGAGUUUAUAAUUUCAUUGCAAGAUAAGAUUAAAGGUUUGGAACAGCAAAAGGAAAAGGAAAUGCUUAAGUUAGCUGGAGAACUGGAUGACAAAGAAAAACAGUGGAAAGAACUUAAUAGUGAAUUACACAAGAACCAGGAAAUAAUUAAUAAGAUGAAAUCAGAAAUAGAAAACAACACCCUAACUAAUAAGCAAUUGCAAGCAGUUCUUGAGCAGAAAGAAAAAGAUUUUGUGGAUCAACUUAAAGCUAAUGAAGGUCUUAGAAAUGAGAUGCAUACGAUGGAGAAGGAAAAGCAGCAGCUCAUCAGCGAGAAUGAAAGUUUGUCAAAGUUGUUAGAUGUUAAAGAAUGCAAACUGUUCAAGUGCACUCUAUCCAUGGCAGAGUUGGACAGCAAGAUGUCUGCCAGUGCUCUGGAAUUCCAGAAAAGGUUUUCAGAGGUCAGCUGUGAUAAAGAGACUUUAAGGAACAAGGUUGAAGAACUGUCAGGCCUUAUUGAGCAAAAAGAAAAUUUAGUUGCUGAGAGACUGCAGGAGAAAGAAAAAGAAUGUGGUGUGCUGGCUGAUCAGCUCUUGAAAAGCAGGGAGAUGACAAAGCAAUUACAAGAUGAAAUUCAGUCAUACAGUGCCCAGCUGAAGGAUGCUAAAGACAGAGAGAUGGAAAAAGAAGUGAGACUAAAUCAGAAAGAAUCAGAGUAUAAUAAAAUGGUCCAACAGCUCAGUCAAGAAGAAGGAAGAAUAUUGUCAUUGGAGAAGCAUGUUCAAGACAUAGAAAUGGACCUAAAAGUAAAAUGCAAAUCUCUAGAAGAGAAGACUCUGUUUAAUGAUGCCUUGGUUAAACAAAUAGAAGAAAAGCAAGUCAACUUGACAGUGUUGGAGAAACAAAUAGAAAGGCUUCAAGGUGAUGGCAUGCAGUUGUCUCAACAGGUUGAAGAAAAGGAUUUUGUUCUACAGUCUCAAGGACUAGAGCUGGAGAAUGUUUACAGGCAGGUUACAAUGAAAACUGAAGAAUGUGCAGCAUUAAAUGGUCAACUAGCAUUAUUAGACAAAGAAAUAGAUGCUUUGAAAUGGGAAAAGGACAACGUUUUGGCUAUUUGCAGUAAAAAAUCAAGUGAAUGUGAUGCUCUUCAGCAUCAGUUGACAGAGCAUCAGAAUGAAAUUGUGUCUGUGAAGCACAAAGCUCAUAUGCUGAAAUUGGAAAAUGAAAAAUUUAGAACAGAUAUUGAAACAGUCAAUGCUUCCUUACUGAAAAAAUGUGAAGAAACAGCUGCCCUAAAUGCACAAUUGUCACAGCAAAGCCAUAGUAUAUUAGCCUUGAGGGACCAAAUUGAUACUCUGAUCACUGAAACAAAAACACUAAAAAGUAGUUUUCAGGAUAAAGAGGUGCUUCUUUCUCAGAAGGACACUCUUAUCCAGCAAAUGAAAGAAAACAAGGAUGCAGGAGAAAACCAGUAUUUGCAGAUGAUUUCAGAUUUGCAGAGGCAGGUACGUGAUCGAGAUUAUGAAAAUGGUCAGCUUAGGCAAGAAUUGCAAGGAAAAGAACAUGAAUUUAAAAAGCAAGAACAAGAAUUAAAAUUGCUUAAAGAUAAAUCUGAAGAAUCUGCUUUGCUUAGAAUUCAGCUGUCUGAGAAUAUGGAAAUAAUUUCUGAUCUUCAAAGCCAGCUUAAAACGAUGAUAGAAAAGAUAGAAGAAUUAAAUAAGUCAGUUAUACAGAAAGAUGACUUCUUAAAACAGAAGGAAGAAGAAUGUAUUAAUUUGCAAGCACACAUUUCUGAGUCUUCCUUUAUGCACCAGAAAUUGAUAGAGUCAUUGACCUCUGAAAAAGAACAAUUGAAAGUGAAUGUUUUUGAGAAGGAAUUGGGGUUAAAUAAUAUUUCUUUGCUUAACAGUAAAUUAAAGACUGAAGUUCAGGACAAACAUAUUGAGUGUGAGUCUUUGAGGAAGCAAGUUACAGAUGCAGAGGAAAUGAACUUGAAUUUAAAAAAUGAAAUAAGUGAUCAGAAAAAAUUAAUAAAUGAUAUUAACGAGACACUGAUGGGGAAAGUUUCUCUUUUAGAUAAUGCCAGUCUAAUUAAUAAACUAAGAGAGGAACUCUAUACGAAAGAAGAAAAGGUACUGCUGAUUUCUCAACUUCAUGGUCAAAUUAAUGAACUGACGCAGGACAUCCAAAAGUUAAAAGGAUUAGCACAGGAAAAAGAAAAUGCUUUCUUAUCUUUGCAAGACAAAUUUGCUGCUCAAUAUGAACAAAAAAAUGACCUUAGUGCUGCUUUGAGUAAAAAAGAAGAGUUUAUUGCUGGAUUACUUAAUUCUUUAGAUCAGAAAGAUGUCAGCAUACACCUAGCAGAAAGCAAUGUUCAUGCACUUACUAAUGAGAUCGAGUUGCUUAGAGAAGAACUGGAAAAAAAUGCCACUUGCUUAAAACAUCUGUCACAAGAGAAGGAUGAAAGUAUUGCCCUUAGUCAAAAGAAAAUGGACUCUCUGACAAUGAAUCUAGAUUCUGCAAAAUCAGAGUACCAGAAAGCACUGGAAGAAGUGGAACUAUGGAAGUUAACUGUACAACAAAGGGAUACAGCUCUACAGGUUGUACAGGAAAAAUGCACUGAGCAAGCUAAGGAAAUUGAAUUCUUAAAUUCUGAGCUCAGCAUUCUAAAUUCUAAAUCUUUUCAAGAAUGCCACGAUCACACACUUUUAAUAGAAAAAUUACAACAACAAGUCGAUUCUUUAAUUAAGGAUAAAACUCUUUUACAGGAGAAUAUUGAUAAAAUGAGUAUAGAAAAUAAAAAUCUGGUUGUAUUUGAGAAACAGUUGCAGAAGAAAUCAAAAGAACUACAAGAAUUCCGUGGAAAACUAGAAGACCAAGAAAAUAAAUCGCAGAUGCAAAUAGAUGCCAUUACUCUGCAGCUGGAGAAUGAGAGAGAACAAUUGCAGAUGCAGGUUAGUGUGAAGGGUGAAGAAGUUGGUGAGUUAAAAUUUAAGGUUGAAAAACUAGAACAAAGUCUCUGUGAGUCAGAAAACAGAUGGGUGACAGAACUUGAUAGGGCAACUCAGCAAAAUGCAAUUAAUCUUGAACAACUAAGUAAUUUAGAAAGGGAAAUAAAGUCAAAAGUCGAUCAAAUUCAGUUUUUGCAACAAGAACAGGACUUUAUUAAAAAAAAGCUGUCUGAACUCCUCUCCGUGUUAUCAAGUAGUAGGUAUUUCAUCAAAGACAGUGAUAGUAUCGUUGAUCAACAAAUAACUGAAUAUAAGCCUGUUCUGGAAAAAUUCUCUACUCUGAUAGCUAGAAUUCUCAGUGAAGAAAGUGAAGCAGUGUCACUGCGGAAGGCCCUUUCAGACAGAACCAAGGAAAUGCAUGAGUUAAAUAAUCAGCUGGAAAGCAUGCAGUCUCUGAGGCAAGAGAAAGAACUGAUACAAACUGACCUUCAGAAAGUUAAAGAUACUCAUCAAUCAGAGAUUGAACAUCUGUUAAAUAAUUUGAGAGCUGUUAAGGAGGCAUUAUGUCAGCAACAAUCUAUCUGUGAAGAAAGGGAAACAGUAAUAACAGACAUGAAGAAGGAGGUUGUUUUUCUUCAGGAGAAGAUUGAUGGAUCAGAGAAAAGACUUGAAAAUGCUCAGGAAGUAGUAAAUGCUGAUCAUGAAACAGUAACAAAACUUUUAGAAGAUGUAGAGCACAAAAACCAGAUGAUAGAAAAUUUAAUUUCACAAGCUAACCAGCAGAAGGAUUUAAUUUCUUCUCUAAGUCAGCAAUUAAAAGAGAAAGAUUACUCAGUCACUCAGGUCAUGGAAUCCAUGUCUAAUGAAAUGGUAAAAUUUUCUGAAGAGAAAAAUCUACUUAUUUCUAAACUACAGCAACUGGAAGCCACUCAGAAUAAUGAUGCUAAAGAGACAAAUGCAUUAUUGCAACAGAUUGAUGAAUUCAAGAAAGAAUUUGAAUUCACUCAGACAGUGCUCACCAACAAAGAUGCUGUAAUUAAAGGCUUAAUGAGUGAGAAGGAUCAGAUAAAUUUUAACCUGGAAAAAUUACUUCAGGAAAAAGAGAAUUUGAAAAAGAAACUUCAGGCGGCUUUGAUAAUAAGGAAGGACUUAAUGGAGAAGAUUGGGAAGCUUGAGAAGACUGGGCAAGACGAUAUCGAAAGGGAACAGAAAAAAACGAAAAAAUUACUGGAGCAAAUUGAUGAAUUAACAAAACAGGCUAAAUGUGUUGAAGCUCAAAAGAAAGAUCUCGAAGCCCAGCUUGAAGUACUAAAAGAACAGUUGUUAGAAAAAGAUGCAAAGAUAAAUGAUGUAAGUGAAAAGUUGGCUGCUAAGGCUGUGCUUCUGGAGCAACUCCAGAAGAAUGUUGCAGAAUUCAAAGAUUUUAUUGCUGAACAGAAAAGCAUGUCUGAUAAGAAUGUGAUGUCUCUACAGGAGAAAGAUGCUCUGGUUGAACAGUUGCAGUCUAAACUCAAUCUGAGAGAGAAAACAUAUGGAAUGGAAUGUUCUCAGCUUCUCUUAACUAUAGAAAGUCUCAAAGCUGAACUAGCAAAAAGAGAAGAAACAUUCAAGGAAACAAAUGAGGCAGAAGAGACUUUAAGUGCUGAAGGCUGUUGUACUGAUACCAAGUAUCUUUCUUCUAAAAUUAAUCAAGUAAAUCAGUUGCAGAGGGAGAAGAAAAUUUUGCAAAAGAAACUUCAGGCAUUGCUUGUUGCCCGUAAGGAAAGCACUAAAAAAAUUCAGCAAGAAAAAGAGGAGCAUGCUAAGCUGCAGGCAGAUUUUGAUCAACAAACUAAAGACUUUGAGCUGUUAAAAAUGGAACAUAAUGCACUCCAGGAGAUGCAUCAAAUAAAAUGUGAAGAAUUUGACUCCAAUAUGUUGCUUUUAUGCUCUCUGAAGAAAGAGAUGGCAACUGUUGCAGUGCUUCCCUGCAGUGAAAAUAUGGAACAUAAAACACUGGGUUCAGAGAAGCUAAACAUGAAGGACCAUGUGGUGGCAGAAAAGUCAGGAAAGAUUGUAAGUGGAAUGGUGGUGGAAAAGGCUGAGCUAACAGAAUGUCACAGUGACUACACCAGACUUCUGGAAGAAAACAAAGAGUUUAAAGAGUUUAGAGAGAAACCACUGAAAUGUGAGUGGGAUGUAGUGAAUCUGAAGAACACUGCUGAACAUCUGGACCAGAAGUAUGAAGAAAACAAAAACAGUAUGCCAGCUGAGAGAGAUCGGCUUCAGCAGCAACAGAAAACACAUGAAAAUGAGUUGAUGGAAGUUAAGACAAAGGUGAUUGAAUGUGUGAAUAAUGAAAAGGAUACUCUCCUUAAAAAUAGCAAAGAUGAUGACCUGCUCAGUAAGGUUGAAACUGAAAAUUUGAAACAUGAUAUUCAAUAUGCCAACACCCAAAUUGCAGAGAAGAAUGAAGAGAUCCAAUAUUUACAUAAUUCUCUUGAAGAUCUCAAAGGAAAAUGUGAUCAUGGAAAGGAAAUAAUGAAAGAAAUUUCUCAAUUGCAGCAGAGUUUACAUGAAAGUCAGGAAGAAGCAAAGCAUUUCAAAAUGGUAUUUGAGAAAAUGAGACAAGAAAAAGAAGAAUAUAUCAGCAACUUAGAGAAGUCAAAUACGGAAUUGCUAAGUGUAAAAGAAAAGUUAAGAUACAGCAGUGAAGAAAACAAAAAAUUAUUGAUGGAAGUAAAUCUGAUGCAUGAGAAGCUUUUACCAUUUUCUAAUUUAGGCAAAAAUGUGGAAGUAUGUGUGGAAAGUAAAAGAGGAAACAACAUGGAAAUUGUGUGUUUGCGUUCAGGUAAUCAAAUAUGGAAUACAAUUCAAGAAAAAGACAUCUCCUGUAAAUCACUAGAUGUCACUCAGGAAGUGAUAGGAAAACUCAAAAAUGAAGAUGACCAUAAACCCCAAGAGCAGAAGUAUGCUGCUGAAGAAAAAAACAGGGAACAUCUCCAAAGAAAGCUCCAAGCUGCUUUAAUAUUACGUAAAGAAGCACUGAAAGAAAAUAAAGUACUUAAAGACGAAAUGGACUCACUAAUGAUACAAAACAAAGAAUUGGUUAAUAAGAUGCAUGCUCUUGAAAACCUGGUGUCUGAUUUGAGCAGAGAAAAGCAAGACAUGACUGCUACUUCCUCACUAUAUAAAGAGAAGGAAACUGUUGUGACAGAAAAUGCUAGAUUAUUAGUUGAAAAUGAAAAUUUGAGUGCUGCAUGUGAAAGUCUUAAAUCUACCAUGGAAACUAUAGUCCAGGAGAAGGAAGCUUUCUCUUUUCAGAUGAAUUCUUUAAAAGAUUCUCAGACAGUUGAAUUGACAGGUUGGAAAGCAAAGCACAGUGAAUUGAAACAGGAAUAUGAGUCAUUGUUGCAGGCUUAUGAGAAUAUUAGUAGUAAAAUAGCAGAAAUGAGGCAAGUAAUUGAUAUUACAAGAAAAGAAAAGCAAGAUGCUCUUCACAGAGCAAGUGAAACAGAAUCUGAAAAACAGCAACUUGAGAAGCUGCUUCAAAAAACAACUGAUGAAAAUGCACACAUGAAUGAUCAACUAAAACAGCUUGUUCAGUCUAAACAGAAGAAAAUUGAUGAACUGCACACUGAAUUAGAAAGAUGGGCAUCUGAGCAUCACUUGUGUUUAGAAACAUAUCAAGAAAAGACUGAAGAGAAUAGGCAACUAACAGAGAAAAAUAAGCAAUUAGAAGAAAUAUCUGAAACCUUAAAGCAAACAUUAGAGAAAAUUCAACAAGAAAACGAGACUCUUUGUAAGGAUUUUAAUCUGACAAAAUCUUCCCUGAAGGAUCUCCAAACACUGCUGGAGCUGGACAAGCUGGAUGUGCAGUCUGAGUUCAAUGAUACACUCAGUGAGAGAGAGUCAUUAAUAAAACACAUCCAUUUGUUACAUGAAGGGAUAUCAGAGAAGGAGAAAGGUGUAAAAAUCUUAAAACAAGAGAACAAAAUUAUUUCAGAGAGGCUAAAGGAUUUGGAGGAAUUGCUGGACCAAAAAGAAGUAUCUUUAUUAAAAUUAGAAAAUGAUGGUAAAAAUCGUAAUCAGGAUGUAGUAAGCCUGACUGAACGAAUUAAGAUAUUAGAAGAUGACAAAUGUCUGUUACAGGAAGAGUUGGAAAGUGUUCAAGAAAAUUCUUACAAAGUGAAAAAUGAGAGAGAAUUUUUGGAGACAGAGUUACUGAAUCACAUCAAAAAACUAGACGAAACAACUGACCAACUGAAAGCAACACAGGUACAAAACAAGUUGCUGGUGCAGCAGUUGGAAGAUUUAAAAGAGGAGAAAUGCAGCAUGGUUAGAGAGAAAGAAGAACAGCAUCUGUAUCUGGUCAAAGUAUUUGAAGAAAAAGUGAAAUCUGCCCAAAGAAACAGUAAUGGGACAAAGAACAAAACCAAAGAAUUACAAGAACUUUUAAAGGAAAAACAGCAAGAGAUCAAUCAGUUGCAGAAAGAUUCCAUUAAGUACCAGGAGAUGAUUCUAGACUUGGAAAAAUUUGUGAAACUGUCACAAUCUAAAAAUGAAAAGUUUGAGAAAGAUUUAAAUAACACAACAGAAAAACUUUCCAAAUCAAAUGAAGAGAUACAGAAGCUGACUGAAAAGCUCUCUUCACAGAAAAUGUUGCUAGAUGAGUCUAAGGCUGAAAUAGACUUGCUAGCUACUGAAAACAUACAUAAUAAAAAAGAACUUAAAAAGAAAGAUAACCAAAUAUUAAAUCAAAACAAAGAGUAUGAUAGAAAACUGGAAAUUAGCCUUCAAGAGAUGCAAGCAACUUGUCUAAAAGAAUCUUUAAAAGUAGAAGAAAAAUACAGUGCCCUUCAACAAGAGAAAGAACAAAUCCUUGCUGAACACCAUAAACAGCAAGAAGAACUUGGCGUUAAGGACACUCAGAACAAGAAUCUUCAAGCUAAGCUAAAUGAAGCCUUAGCUAGAUUAGCUGCUUUUGCUAAGUGUAUGUCUUCUCUUCAGAAUGAUCGGGAUCGGGUCAUUAGUGAAAUGAAAACAUGGGAAAUACAAUUCAAAGAAGCUAUUGAAAAUAAACAGCAACAGAUAGAGGCCAACAAUAAAACAAUUGUGUUUUUACAAGAAGCAAUAAAAGCAAAAGUUAUUCAAGUUCAAGAACUGGAGUUCAAAUGUUCUAUGCAAAAAGAACCCAAGAGUGGGAUGCAGGCCUCAGUAGAAACUCACCUUUUUAAGGAACUUUCCAGAAUGAAGGAAGAAAAUGCCAUUCUUCAGAACAGGCAACAUGAUCUGGAAACUGCUCUCCAGUCAAAAGAAGAUUCUCUUCAGGCAUUGAUUAAGGAGAAAAAAUCUCUUAAUCAUCUCAUAAAAAAUAAUAAUAUAAUAGAAAAAGAAAUGGAAGCACUGCAAAGCAAUUUGACACAAAAAGAACAGGAACUGCAACAGUUUCUUUCAGAAAAAAGUGAGCUCCAAGCUGAGUUGGAAAAACAAGUUUCCAUUUGUAAACAAAUGAAGGUCAUGUUGAAUAAGAAAGAUACAGAAAUUUCUCUUCUCAUUUCAUCCAAAGACACAGAAAUUUCUGGCUAUCUUACUCAAAUACAAACUCAAAACAGACAGCAAGUUGCUGAUUAUGAACAACAGUUAAAAGUUCUGCAAAUAGCCAAAAAACAAUCUGAUGAAAUGUGUCAGAGGAUACAGAAUGAACUGAAAAUUGUUCAGGUGAAAGCUGACAAAGCAGUUCAAGAUAGGGCUGAGAUGGUCAGUGAAAAUGAUGCCUUUAAAAAGUCCAUGUCAUCUCUUCAGUAUAACCGAGACUGUCUGCUUUCUAAACUGAAGGAGCUAGAGCGAGAACAUCAGACCAUUUUAAGUGAGAAAGAGAGUCUUAUAGCUGACAGUGUAAAUGAAAACCAAGCCUUGAAACAACAAUCAAGGAAGCUUCUGAAUCAGAUAGAUGAUCUCCAUUCUGAAAACGCAAUGCUAAUGGCACAACUCGUCAAAUAUAGAGAAGAUCUGAAUCAAGUUUUAUCUCUGAAGGAUCACCAGUUAAAAGAAUUACUUACACAGAAAUUGGAAAGCAUUAAGAGCCUUGAAAAGGAAAAAUUUGAACUUCAGAAAAAACAGAAAGAAAUGAAGUUGACAGUGGAAGUGCAGGAGGAGAUCAUAGAAUCUCUAAGGCUGGAAAACGAGAAGUUAACAACAAAAGCUCAUGACUUAGAAAUUCUUAUUGCUUCAAUAAAUAAAGAGCGGUUGGCUUCUGAAUCCAGAGAGAAUUUUCCACCUCAGGAAAGUGAUAGAUUUCAUCAGAAGAGAGGGCAAGCCAUUAGUCAACAGCUUGAAGAAACAUGUGAGAAAAGAUUACAGCUAUUACAACAAGAAACCGUUAAAAAUGUAGUCAAUCCAAAAGAUAGGCCCCAUAUGACUGUUUCACAUUUCGAACAUGAAGCCAGUUCACUAGAGAAUGAAUUAGCAGAAAAGAAGAUAUUGGAAGUUCAGGGUCAGAAUAAAGAACUGAGGUCUCAAAUUGAAUCUUUUGGAAAAGCUAUGACAGCUCUCCAGGGUGAUAGAGAUAGGUUAAUUGAGGACUUCAAGGUACUUCAAAGCAAGUAUACUUCCAAAAUCAGGUCUGAAAAAUGCAGAGCAGACAAACUUGAAAGUGAGCUGAAAGAGAUCAAAUCAAAUAUUUUCAGCUUGCUCAAAGAACAUGCCUUUUUGAGUCAGGCAUCAGAAGAAGCUAAAAGCGACAUCACUCUUGAACAGUUUACUGAUGAAAUUGAAAACCUGUGCAAGACAUUAAAUAUUCAACAUGUUGAAAUCAACAGGCUUUUGUCCCAGUGUGCAAACUAUUCCCAGAAGAUGGAUGCCUUUUCUAAGGCUAUGGACAGUCUUCAAGACGAUAGAGACAGACUUCUGCAGGAACUCGGUAAACAGAGAAUAGUUCAUGAAGGAAAACAGGGCAUGAGUUCAAGUUCCAUACCUUCUGACUACAUAAACGAGAUUAGUUCUCUUAAACGUAAUGUGGAGACUCUUCAGUUGGAUAGGGAGAGACUGGCUAAAGAAGGAGCUAGUCUUGCAACAGCUGAGAUAGCAGAUCUAAAGUCCAAAGUGAAUGAACUUGAGAGAGACUUGAACCAGACAAAAGUUUUUCAAGAAGAAGUUGAGAAAGAAAGAGCUUCAAACCAGAAUGAAUUAAUUAAAUUACGGAUGGAAAAAAAUCUUCUGCUGGCAGAAUUUCAUGCACUCCAAAAUCAGUUCCAGGCAACUAUUGCAGAAAAAGAACGACAGAUUUCAGAACUUCAGAGAGCACAUAGUGAAAUGGUAUCUCAGGGGACUGUGUCUGCUGGCAGCAUUCAUUUAACUAAGGGAUUAGAAACUGUUGCUCUUGUUGGAAGCACAGAGGUCCCUGAACAAAUGAACCGUCUCUUGGCUGAGAGAAAUCAGUUUCCGAAUGAGCUCCAGUGCUGCCUUCAAGAGUUACACCAGAGAGAGGUGCAAUUUCAGCAAAUAAAUGCAAAGGGUGAAGCUCAAGCAGAAGUUCCCCCAGGAGCUCCCCAGGAGAGAGCUGCUGUCCUUGUUGAAACAGACAAUGUGGAACUCAGUAAAAGGCUUACAGAAAUGGAGCUACAACAUGAUUCAAUGCAACAAAUGAUAUCACAACUCACGGAAAUGCUGUCAGAAGAGAGGAAUAGGCGGCAAGCUGCAGAAGAGCACCUUGGGCUCUCUGAGAAACAACUUAACAGGCUUGAAAUGGGUAGUUAUAGGUCCAUACCUAGAGAAUACACCAUUCAGAUGGAAUCUGAUGAGGAAAGAGAGGCUUUGAUCAUCAACACCAGUGAACAUAUUAUAGUACGAAAGGUGAAAGGAGGAGCCCUUUCCUUCCGGAGAUGGAUUCGGGGGCGAAGUCUUUACUGUUCCAAGUUGCUGACCUCCAGAGCAAAAUCCCGCUAUCUCUUUCUUAGUUAUUUGAUGAUACUACAUCUUCUUGUUUUCUUCUGUCUAACAGGCAUCUUAUAAAUGCACUGACAUUUCUGGUUAUUUUCUCCCUAAAUAAUGGUGUGCCAAUAAUGGUGAGAGGAUGGACUUUUCACAAGCUGCUGUUAUGCUAUGCACUGAAUACAGUUGUAAAUAUUCUCAGUAUAUUCUCAGUGUGUGGCUUUUGAACUUCUUUCUUAAGAAGUUUUAAAUUGAGUUGAAUGGCUCUUUAACAAUGGAAUAUUAUAUUUGCUAAAGAAAAAGAUACUGUCUUAUCAAAACACUACUAAGAACAUGCUGCAAUUGGGUGUUUCAUAUUCUUUUUGAAUAUAUAAUGAGUGAAUACUGCUGAAUAGGCUGUAAAUGAUAUCUUUUCUAUAUAAAUUUUAUUUUAACAGAGUUGAAUUAUAAAUUUGCAAAAAUAUUCUCAUCUAUUGGGUGUCUUGUCUUCUUGAUUAUAACAAGAAGCAUACAGAGUGCAAUACAGGAAAAAAAGCUGGAAUCAUUAUGAAUUUCUUAAUUUUAAAUAAAAUCUUAAGAACUUAAUAGCAUUCUCUAAUCUGUUUGAAUAUUUACCAUGUUCUGUAUGUAAUGUGGUUGAUACAAAAAUUAUAUGUUUAAAAUAUGUAUGUCUUUCUCCUGAGCAUUUCAAGACCCACAAAGAUGUGGUGACAAGUUGUAAAUGGUUGCACAAAUAGACACAAUGGUCAGAUUUUAGAAGGCUGAUUCACUACAUUCUCAGUAACAAACUCUUACUCACCACUUUGAUUUUCUGCAAGUGGACUUCUUGCUAUGUAACUCCCUCAAGUCCACAUCUCUUGAACUAUCCCAUGCUAGUCAUGCAAACUCCACCAAAUUUGUAAGGAACCUACUCCUUUCUGUCUACUAAAGAACCCCCAAGAUUCAGGAAAACUGGACUUCUGUGGGCCCUAAACUGGGUGCCUCCAGCCACUCGCUGUUGUUUCCUAUGUGGAAAACAUUUCCAAGGCUUUCCAAGCAAAGAGAAACCUUAAAGGCAACCCCUAGCCACAAACCAGCCCCAAUGCAAGACCCACUCCCAAUGGAAGCUGAACCAACAAACCCCUGGCUUCAUGCCACUCUCUUGUUGCAGCAUGAAGCUUGCCUCCACUAUGCACUGCUGCCGUCUCCCUUGCUGCUGUUCUGACUCUGCUGUGGCUGCAUGCUUUUCUCUGUGAGAUGUGGGUCCAGCAGCAUGAAGUGGAGGCCCAGCAACGUGAAGUGCACCACUCCCAUGCUGCUGCAGGAGAGUGGUGCAAGGCUGGUGGAGGACAGGAGGCAGCAACCAGAGAGGCUGGGAGAGUAGCCACCUGGGAGCAUGGGGAACCAUGAGGGCAUGGGCCAAGGAGAGAUGAUCAUGCCUUCCUUCCCCCAUGCCCUCCCCUCAAAGCUUGGAUAAGCCAAAUAAUCUGGCCCAACAGAGUCCAGUUCCUCAGAUCUGAUCUGGGAUUCUUCAGUGUGAUCUGACAUAGUUGGAGUAUGCCAGAUCAGCAUAAAUCCAGCUAUUUAGCCAUUGUACAAGUCCUGGAUCACACAUCCCUCAAAGUGGCAGUGGUAGAGUAACUAAGCACAGACUCCUUUUCACAGUCACAGCAAUUGUUAUGUCGUGUGACUACUUAAUACAGAUUAAAUCUUCCCUGGAAGCCAGAUAGAAUAGGUAGCCAAGGCUAUCCUUUGCUGCUAUAGAAAACUUUGUUCCAGUUGAAACAAAACAGCACAAAAUAGAACAAUUCCACUAGGUUGGUAUUAUUGUUAAGAAAGAUUUAGUUAUCGAUUAUCAAAACAAGUAUAAUACCUAAAUUGGCUGCUCAAGUUUUUUUAAAAAAAAUUUAUUGGUUGCAGUAUUUAACAUACAAAUAUGAAACACGAAACAGGAACCGAUUAAAACAUAUCUUUCAGCGCUCAAAAACUUACAACUUCUAAGAUUAUUACAGAACAUAUUAAUACAACAUAUGCACGUACUUGAAGACUUGAGUCAAUCAAGGGAAGAUUAUCCUUGUAUUAAUACUCUUAACAACUUGGAUAGAGAUUUAUCUUUUCUUAUCCCAUCAAUAGCAUUUAGCUUCUCUAUAUAGACCAUUAUGGGGAGCCAAGUCUCAAGAAAGAUAGAGUUGUGAUUUGGAAAUUCAAUUACCUUUAUGUGAUUUGAAAAUUUUUCCAUUAUUAAGCAGUUCCAGACUUUGAGAUACCAGGUCUCAAUCUGCAGGGCUUUAUUUUCUCUCCAGCACCCCGCAAUUGUUGAUUCAGCUGCUGAUAGGAGGAUGGCUAAAAAGUUUUUUUGAGGUGUUGAUAUAUUCCUAUCCUGCCAUAAGUUUAAUAGAAUUACUUCUGGUGGUAAGGGAACUAAAAGGCCUGUCAUCUCCGAGAUUAUUCUAAUGACCUCACUCCAGAAGUUCUGAAUCACUUUGCACCCCCACCAGCAAUGAUAGAAAGUACCUCUCUCUCCACACCCCUUCCAACACAGGGAGGAGAUAGCUGGAUCGAUAUGAUUCAUUUUUGAUGGUGUAACAUACCACCUCGUUAUGAUUUUUAGUGUCUGUAACUUCAUAUUAAUAAUUUCGGAAUUUAGAGUAGGGGAGCGCCAAAUCUCUAUUGUUCUUCACUAAAUUCUUUUUGACAAUCAUUACGCCAAGAUUUUUGAUAAGGUCGUAGGCUUGAGGUAAUAGUUGAAUUUAGAACAUUAUAAAUUUUGGAUAUUCGUUUUGAGCAGCCAACCUCUUUAUUCAUUAGCAUCUCGAAUUUUGUGCUAGGUUUUGUUAUUGAAGCUUUAAUAUCUGGUCUUUCAAGUAAAUGUUGCACCUGCAGAUAUUCAAACCAAGGUAAAUUAACUCCUGCCUUUACCUCUAGAGAAGUUUUGUCCAUACAUAGGUUAUUUCUUAGUAUAUCUUUAAAUUUAGUUAAGUUACCUAUUUUCCAAUUUUGGAAAGAGUCUGCUUCCUUUGCAGGUAGAAACCACGGUUGGUGUAGAAAAGUAGUAAAUUUUGAAAGUUGUGGCACUAAGAAGUGCCUUUUUUAUCCCAAAUUCGUAAUGUUGAACUUAGAAAUGGAUUAUUAUUGAUGUUUUGGGACCUAAAGUUAGGGGAUGUCCAUAUGGUGUCAUGAAGACUAUUAAAAUCUGUAUAGAUUUGUUCCAUUUUUUUCCAGUCAGGUGACUGGUCCAAAAUUAUUAAUAAAUUUUUCAGUUGAAUUGCUUCAUUGUACAACUUUAGGUCAGGAAGAUUUAGGCCACCUCUUUUAUAAGAUCUCAUUAGUAUGUUUGAAGCUAUCCUCGGCUGCUUAUUAUUCCAAAUGAAUUUUGAAAGUUUCCUCUGCCAAAAUUUGAAGUCUGCGCCGGGGAUAUUUAUCGGGAUAGACCUGAAGAAGAAUAUAAACUUAGGUAAGAUUAUAGAUUUCACUAUAUCUUUCCAUUCUAAGAAAUUGAGAUCUAGCUGUUUCCACUGAGCAAAUAGAUUUGAAAUGGAGUUAAUUAACUCUUUGUGGUUGUACUUUAUAAGAUCAUUGAGGUUUAAUGAGAUUUUGAUGCCUAAAUAGCUAAGACAUUCCUUUACCCAACUAUAUGGGUACAUUUUUUUUAUGUCGCUUUCUAAAGUCUUGGACAAAUUGAUAGGGCAUACUUCGGAUUUGGAAUGAUUUAUUGUGAGUCCAGAGAUGAGUUCAAAUUCCUGUAGAACUUUAUUUAAAGCAGAGAGAGAACUAUUAGGUUCAGAGAGAAACAGCCAUGCCGUCCGCAAAUAAUGAUAGUUUAUAUUCUUGGCUACCCAUAAUUAUGCCUUUAAUUUCUAAAUUUUGCCUAAUUUUGAUUGCUAAGGGCUCUAUCGCAAUGGGGAAUAGUAAGGGGGAUAGACGGCAUUCCUGGCGGGUAGAGACCCGCCAGGAAUGCCGUCUUCAACGCGAUUUCAGCCCAUUGACCAGCAAUUGAGCCUGUGGGUUAGCAUAUAGUGCAGCCAGGGAGGCAAGAAAUCUUGAGCCAACCCCAUGGAUUUUAGCAAUUUUUGGGUGUAACUAGGUUCUAGACUGUUGAAGGCUUUCUGAAUAUCCAGAGUUAACACCAAGGCUGAUUUAUUUUUAAUUUUACAAUAAUUAAUAAUUUUAAUGCUUUACGGGUAUUGUCUGUAAUUUGACGUUUGGGCAUAAACCCUGUUUGGUCUUGAUGAAUCAGCUUUGUAAUGUGGGUAUUUAAUCUUGCCGCUAAAACUGAGGUAUAUAUUUUGGCAUCCUGAUUGAUAAGGGCUACAAGUCUGUAGGACGCCAGGUUGGAUGGGUCCUUACUGCUUUUUGGGAUUACUAUCAAGUUUGAUUGUGCCCACAUAAGAGGGAUUGAAUUAGAAGCCACUAUGUGAUUACAUGUUUCCGCCAGAUGGUCUGCAAGGAUGUAUGCAUAUUUUUUAUAGAAUUCUGAAGGUAGACCAUUUCCUAAAACUUUAUUCAUUUUAAGUGUUUUAAUACUUUUUUCAAAUUUCUGUUGAAGAAAUUGGCUGUUCAAGAAGAUCCCUAAAGGAAUCAUCAAUCUGAAAAGGAUGAUUAAGGUUUGCCAGAUACCUGUCUAUUAGUGCUUAUGAUGGAUUUGUAGAGUCAUACAAUAUUUGGUUGAACUGGGUAAAACUGUUUAAAAUUUUGUUUGAUGCAGAUUGCAUCUUACCCUCAGAGUCUUUUAGGGAUUAGACAUAUUUAGAGGCCAAAUUUUGUUUAAUUUUCCAGUACAGAAUGCGUAUCGAUUUUGGGGAUUUGUGCCAAUAUUUUUGUUUUAGAAAUAAUAAUUUAUUUUUUAUUUGUGAGCAUUCGAGGGUUUCCAGUUUCUUUCUUUCAAUUAGAAGUUUUUAAUAGAUUUUUUUGCUAAAGGUACGUUUAUGUUCUGCCUCUAAAGAUUGUAGAGUAUUUAAAAUUUCUGCCCUGACUUUUUCUUUCUUCUUUUUGUAUGCAGAGGCCAAGGAGAUAUAUCUACCCCUGAUGACUGCUUCCAUUGCAUCCCAUAUCAUAUGGGGAGGAUACCCCAAAGUUUUGAUUAUUUUCAAAGAAUUCAGUGAUUUCAUUUUCUAUUUGAUGGAAAGAAUCUUUAUGAAAUAAAAAAAAAUGUUCAGCUUCCAA